GUGUUUCUUCCGGUGUCAGAGAGAGCUGAGUGAAUGGUGGUUAGUGUGCGGUUCUUCAUUAUUGAAGUGUAACCGAGGCCGGUGUUGGUUUCAUGCGGUUAAAACAGACGUUUCUGUAACAUAAUCUUUUGGAGGGUCCUUUGCCGGUUGGAGCCAUGAGGAUCGGUCCUCAAUAUGUCAGUGGCUUGUGCUUCCUGCUGGUGUACCUUAUGGAUGCUGUGAUAGCUGGUCGUGAUUUUUAUAAAAUCUUGGGUGUUUCUCGUGGAGCUACUGUAAAAGAAAUAAAGAAAGCAUAUCGCAAGCUGGCCCUGCAACUCCAUCCAGAUCGAAAUCCAGAUGACCCUAAAGCACAAGACAAAUUUCAAGACUUAGGUGCUGCCUAUGAGGUACUUUCAGAUGAAGAGAAAAGAAAGCAAUAUGAUGCAUAUGGAGAGGAAGGUCUUAAAGAAGGUCAUCAAAGCUCCCAUGGAGAUAUCUUUUCACACUUCUUUGGAGACUUUGGAUUCAUGUUCGGCGGUAAUCCCCGACAACAAGACAGAAAUAUUCCACGUGGCAGUGAUAUUAUUGUUGAUUUGGAAGUUACAUUAGAAGAAGUAUAUUCUGGAAACUUUGUAGAAGUUGUAAGGAACAAGCCAGUAGCUCGACAGGCACCUGGGAAGCGUAAAUGUAACUGCCGACAAGAGAUGAGAACAACACAGCUGGGGCCUGGACGCUUCCAAAUGACACAAGAGGUUGUUUGUGAUGAGUGCCCCAAUGUCAAACUUGUUAAUGAGGAGCGUACUUUAGAAGUGGAAAUUGAACCAGGUGUUCGAGAUGGCAUGGAGUACCCUUUUAUUGGAGAAGGUGAACCACAUAUCGAUGGAGAGCCAGGAGACUUGCGGUUUCGAAUCAAAGUCUUAAAACAUCCUAUCUUUGAAAGAAGAGGAGACGAUCUUUACACAAAUGUAACAAUCUCAUUAGUUGAAGCUCUUAUAGGCUUUGAAAUUGAUAUUGCUCAUUUGGAUGGUCAUAAGGUUCACAUCAUUCGAGAUAAGAUUACAAAGCCAGGUGCAAAACUAUGGAAGAAAGGUGAAGGGCUGCCAAACUUUGACAAUAAUAACAUCAAGGGUUCCUUAAUAAUUACCUUUGACGUGGACUUCCCAAAAGAACAGUUGACAGAGGAACAGAGAAAUGGUGUGAAGCAGUUAUUGAAACAAGGAUCAGUUCAGAAGAUAUAUAAUGGACUACAAGGAUAUUAGCAAUUCAAGAAAUUUAUGGAAAAGAAUCAAUGGACAUAUUUAUUUGUUCUGUUUUUUUUUCGUUUUUUUUUAAAUAAAUGUUACAAUUCUUUAAUCUUA